AUGUCGGGUCGACAUUGUUUGUCCAUCACCUCCUCCUCCCUGCAGCACCAUCAACAUUGCCAGCACCAUCGCCCUCAGAGUUGUCAUUAUGUUAUUGUCGUCCUCGAGCUCAAGCUCAUCCUGAUCCUCGUGCGUAUCUGCUCAUGGAGUCCUGCCCAGCAUCAGCACGCAGAGCAUAGGAAGUGGUGGCUGACCCAUCCACCUGCUGCGGUGGUGCCCUCCAGAUUUUGGAGGUCUCAAACGCGGCCGGUGCUCGAGCUGGGGGGUGGAGCCGGCCUGGUCACUGCAGCUCUGGCUACCCUCGGCGCUUACAUGGUCUACACGGAUGGCGAUCUGGCAGCGAUCGAAACGGCAACGCUGAAUUGCCGGAAUGCCCAGGCAAGACAUGGAAGGAGGAAGCGGAGGCGGAGGUCGAAGGAGAGAGACGAGCGGGAAGAGAUGCUGGGAGGCGGCUCCUGCGUCUUCAGGCGCCUGGCUUUCGGCGACGUAGAGGCUGCCCGGCAGCUGGUAGACGAACUGGGUCCUUUCAGCCAUGUGGUGGGCAGUGACCUUUUGUACGGGGACAAGGCACCACCGUGGCCGCUACUUGACACCCUCUGUGCGCUUGCAGAGGCACAGCAGAAGUGCUGCGUGGAGCCUUUCCUGGUUACCUUGGCCAUCAAGAACCGGUGCUGUGACGAAGUGGAGGCCUUUGUGGCAGCCGCUGAGCAGCGGCAGAGAUGGGAAAUCCAUGUGGCGGAUGCGAGCACCCUGCCAGAGAGUUUCCAGCGUGCAGCUGAGGGUUUCUACGGCUGCCAGGACAAGGCUGCAUAUUGCAUUGUGCACCUUCGAGCUGCGGGCUCCCACAGGUCGCCAGAGCAAUGUGAGGCUGUGCCGGUGGAGUGA